AUGCCAACCUUUCUCGGACUUGCGGUGUCUCUGCACUCGCCAGAGGGGCCCCUGCCCGAAUACGGGCUGCAGAAACAAUCCAAAUUCCACCGAAUUACGUCGUACAUUCCCGUCCCGCCAGCCAAAAUCCCACCAGGCGGCACCAAGCCUGAGCAGUCGACAUUCGCCAUAUCCAUCACCCUCCUCACCCCAGGCCUCCACGUGCCGUACUCGACGCCCAAGCCGACGCCCGAAGAGCCCAAUCCCAAGCCCAAGGUGGUCGGCGGUCUGCCUGGCUUCCCAAGCGAGCGGGGCAAAAACGGUCCCACCAUCGCUCCCUACAAGCCCCUCACCACCUCGCCCAACGAGACAAUCGCAGCCUACAUAUACUUCGACGGCCGUGCAAAGGAGGAGGUCGCCACAUUGCUGCGGCGCGGCGAGGAGACGUGGGUCAAUUCGCGAUGGGUCAGCGUGCCUGAAUCCGAAGGCGGCGGCCUGGCAGAGCGCGAAUUUCUCUUCCGCGAGGUCGGUCUGGAGCGCUGGCUGAACGGCCUAGACCUGGAGGGCAAGGACAAGGACGUAGCCGCCAAGAUUGAGCGGAGAAAGCAGCGUCUGGAGAAAAAGCGAAGGAAGCGGAGAGAGGCGCGCGUUGGCAGCAGCGACGAGGAAGAUGUCAAGGAGUCGCGGAACGGUGUGCUGCGCUACAGCGAUAGCAAAGACGCGCCCGUCGAAACACUGCCAGGGAACGACGAGUUCUUCACAACCGACUCGGACUCGGAAGAUGAGCCCCCGGUACCCGAGGCUGCAGGGCAGAUCAAGGUCGCCUUGUUCCGCGUUCUGGCUUCUGGUGAAAUCAAACGCGGCGAGUAUAGCCCGCAGUUCGACGCCCACGACGAUGACGAGCAGAAUGGUGGUGGCGACGGUGAAGAUAUUGACCACACCACCAGCUUUGCAAAGCCCAAGACACUGGAUCCCAAGUCCAUCAGCACACAGACUGUAACUGGCAUAGAUCCGCCAGACAAGCCGUAUGCUGUUUUCACUUUCUUGUACCGUGGAGAGCGCCAAUUGCGCAAAAUGGGCAUCAUCGAGUCCCCCAAAACUCCCCAAGUGACUUCACCCGUUAACCGACGAAAAUCGGGCGCACUCGACUUUGGUAGCCUCAAGCCGCUUGAUGCAGCCGCGGGUACUAAGAACUUCGGUGGUUAUCGCGAGAGAUCACCCAAGUCCAAACUGAAAACUGAAGAGGACAUGGACAGCGACGCUGAUGAUGAGGAUGACAUCAAGGUGGAGGACAUUGACGACGACAAAGACGACACUGGCAAAGGCUUGUUAUCUCCCGAGGAUAUCUACAGGCAGGGUGAACUUGCAGAUGGCGUGAGAAAAAUCAAGCUCAAACGCCAACACUCUGCCGAACCUUUAGGCCGAGCAACCGCAUCCAUCAAUGCAGACGAUUCUGCAUCUCCCCUAUCUGGUACACCUGCUCCCGGUGCCUCAUCACAGGGCGAAGCCUCUUCCUCGACAGUAGAGAAGCCAUCCGCCCAACUCACAAACGAAAGCUCUAUUGCCUCACCCUACAAGAAGCACCGAGCCUCUCUCCCCGGCUUCGAAGACACGGUCCGCAAGAGCCUCGGCGCAACCGUCCUCAGUGCCCAAAAAGAGCGAGGAAACUCAGACGGUAACAUCCCCUCCACGAUCGAAGCCAGGAUGGAAGAAGACGAGGAGUUGUGA